AUGAUUAAUUUGCUCAUGGUCAUGGUCAUGAUCACGAUCGAACCCGCCACCUCGUCGGUAAAAUUCACUCCCCCAGUAGGUAGAAAGUUGAUCAUGAAACGUCACUCGAAACCCGGUCAACCGGCAGUUGCGCAAAGCACGGACUCUGAUAUACGCCCAACAGCGACACCAGUUCCCCCCUUUUCCUUCGACCAGUUAUGGGCAUGUGCAUACCCUCCCCGAGCUUACGCCAGAUCAACAAAGACGCAAAAUUGUGAUCCCACAUAUCCAUCUCCUGAGAUUUCUUGCCGAUCAUCAACCUUAGUAGCUCCUAUCUGUCUACCGAACCGACGACCACAGAAGUGUAAGCGGCAGAGCUUGAGGGACUUCUUCUUAUGCAUGAUACACAGUCAUUAUAGGCGUCUUCAUAGUGUCGAUAAACUCAGACGCCUCUCCGGCUCCUAG